AUGAGCGAAACGGCAGUGUCCGUGAUCCGAGUCCUGGCCGCGUGCUCGUGCGCCGUCAUGGUCCUGAGUCCGUCCAUCCUGAUGUAUCGCAUUUUCAAGCAAAAGGACGUCGGGGCCGCGUCGGUCAUUCCACUCGUGGCGCUGUUUGUCAAUUGCCACGCCUGGUCAGUCUACGGCUACAUGACCCACGACUGGGUCCCGAUUUUCUGGAUCUACUUUCCAGGCGAAGCCGUUGCGAUCGUGUUCCUCUCAGUGUACUGGAAAUGCACCACCCACCGCCGCUACGUCACGCGCGUGCUCCUAGUAGCACUUGCACUAUUGGCUCUUUUCUCGAGCUACGCCGUCGUCGGGGGCCUGGGCUACACCAACCAGUCGCAAGAGGGCGUACAUGCGGUCAUAGGCGCCAUCGCAGACGUCUGUGCCAUGUGCAUGUACGCCGCGCCCAUGGAAAAGCUGCUGCAAGUUCUCAAGUACAAGUCGGCCGCCUUCCUCAACUCGCACAUGGUCAUCGCAGGGCUGACGAACAACUGCCUCUGGUGCGCGUACGGCAUCUUGACCGCAAACUGGUUCAUCAUUGCCCCCGCCAUUGUCUUCACCACGCUCAACUCCUUCACGCUGGUCCUAUGCGUCCUUUAUGAUCCCAAGACGCACCCGCUUCCAGAUGAUUUCCAUCGCCAGCAAACCACGAGCAAUGGGCCUCCAGCUUUGGCUUCGGAGAGCACAUCAAAGAUGAGUGCUAUCAGCCACAAGGCCGAGAGCACAGCCCCCAGCCCGGCGUUCGAAGCGAUUCUUUCGCCGCUAACGUCCAUUCACGUGGCGAAGGAAACUGCAUGGAGCUAA